AAUGUUUUUUUUUUUUUAAAAAUAUGUUGAAGCAAAGUUAUAAUUGACAUUUCAGUUUUCUUUUGAAUCUUUUCAUGCUUUGAUUUUUCAUCAUUAUACCUUCCUCUCUACGUGAAGGAAAGAAACACAAAACCGUGUCUUCCAAUUCUUCAUCUUCACUUCCAUUUUUCAUGAUAAUCUUAUAAUUUCCCUCCUUCAAAGUUCCUUUUCCCCCCCUCUUCAGUGUCAGAUCCAACAUCACUGGGAAAAUUUUAUAAAUUUUCCAAACAUUCUCUCUGAUCUGAUCAACACCCAUUUUCCAAAAUGCAGAUUCUGAGAUGGUUUUUAAAGGUUUUUGUCAUUUGUUCAAUGCUUCAAGUGUUUCCAUUGACACUACCUCAAACAAUCUCAAAAGCACCUGCAAAUUGUUCGGAUGCUGAUAGGGCUGCCCUUCUUGGAUUCAAAGCCAAAAUCUUGAAGGAUAGUACGGAUAGUUUUUCUUCAUGGAUUGGGAGGGAUUGCUGUGGAGGUGAUUGGGAAGGCGUGGAGUGUAAUCCAGCGGGGAGAGUCAAUACAUUGGCAUUGCAAAGACCAGUAAGGGACAGUACCCUUUAUAUGAAGGGCGCUUUGUCUUCUUCCCUGGGGAAUCUACUUUUCUUGGAAGUGUUGGUCAUCAGUGGGAUGAAGCUUAUCACAGGUCCAAUCCCUGAGAGUUUGUCCAAUCUAACUCGUCUCAAGCAAUUGGUCUUGGAAGACAAUGGUCUCCAAGGGAACAUCCCUUCAGGUUUAGGGCAUUUACCCUUCCUUCAAACUCUUUCAUUGGCCGGUAACCAUUUGACUGGGACAGUCCCUCCAAGUUUAGGGAAUUUGAGAAACCUUGUGCUGUUGAACAUGGGGAGGAACUCAUUAACAGGUCCAAUCCCUUCUAGUUUCAAAACCCUUGUUCAUUUGCAGUCUUUUGAUCUCAGCUUCAACUUGUUCUCUGGCACUGUCCCUGAAUUUUUAGGACAGUUUCAUAACAAUACUUUCAUUGACCUCUCAAAUAAUAAACUUUCAGGACACCUGCCUGUUUCGAUGUUCAAUUUAGUAUCUUUGUCAGACCUGUCAUUGAGCCACAACCAGCUCACAGGCAGUAUCCCAGACCAGGUUGGAAACCUUAAAUCUCUCAAUAGUCUGUCAUUGAGUCACAAUAAGUUCAUAGGUCCUAUCCCAGGAUCUAUUUCAGGGUUACAGAAACUUUGGUCCCUAAAUUUGUCUAGAAAUGGAUUCUCAAAUCCUUUACCAGCUAUUUCCAGUAAGGGUAUCCCUUCACUUUUGUCAAUAGAUCUGUCCUUUAACAACCUCAGUUUAGGGACAGUUCCUAAAUGGAUCAUAGAUAGACAACUUUCAGAUGUUAACCUAGCUGGUUGUAAAAUUAGAGGAGCCUUCCCAAAGUUCAGACCAGAUUCAUUGAGCUCCAUUGACCUGUCUGAUAACUUUCUUACAGGGAGCAUUUCCACUUACUUCACAAACAUGACAAGUCUUCAGAAGCUGAAGCUUUCGAAUAAUCAACUGAAGUUUGAUCUUUCGGAACUCGUAAUGCCGGAUGGGAUUUCCACCGUCGAUCUCCAUUCGAAUCAGGUAUUCGGGUCGCUCUCGAGCGUUUUGAACAACAGAACAAGCAGCUUCUUGGAGGUCAUAGACGUGUCCAACAAUCUCGUUUCGGGCACAAUACCGGAGUUCACUGAAGGCUUGAGUUUGAAGCUGUUGAACAUAGGAAGCAACAAGAUUGCUGGCCCAGUCCCAGGUUCAAUCUCGAAUCUUGUUGAGCUCGAAAGGCUGGAUGUUUCGAGGAACCAGAUAACCGGCACCAUUCCUACAAGUUUAGGUCAACUAGUGAAACUUCAAUGGCUCGACGUUUCCGUCAACCAGCUGACCGGAGAAAUCCCGAGUAGCUUAUUGGGUAUAAAGUCCAUGAGACAUGCAAACUUCAGGGCAAACAGACUAUGUGGGGAGAUCCCACAAGGGAGACCUUAUAACAUCUUCCCUGCCUCAACUUAUGCUUAUAAUCUCUGCCUGUGUGGCAAACCAUUGCAGCCUUGCAAAGGAAAGAAACAAGAGAUGGGCCAGUGAAAUGCCUGUCUAAAUUAGCCAAAAGUAGAUAAAACUUUCAUGGUCUAAUUUGCAUCCUCCAUGAU